CGGGAGAAAUUGAUCCUAAGGAUUCCGAGAACAAACCCAAAAACACGCUAUCGGCAGACGCGAGUACGAAUGACAAAACUUGAGAGUGACGUAGUAGCUUAUGUGGAGUCAUACAAUCCUAAAGGGAAAGAGCAGGGGGCCAUGCUUAUCGAGUGUGAUGGUAAUGAUGCAAAUCGGAUGAUGUGCUACUCGGUUGUGCAUCCUAGGGAGUACGUGCAUUCCCAGUACGUUCGGGCCGUUGCAAACAUAUACAACAGGGAAUGGGCUCUGGAAUACCCAACGAAUUCUCGCAGAAUCAUGCUGGACUCCUCAUUUGCGUAUCAGAAAUUAAAGACGAGGGAAACAUAUGCUGGUCUGCUGAAGAAGUGGUCCACCCCUCUCCAGAAGAUUGUGUCAGCUGAUAUAUCUGUGGUCUAUGUUCCAGUUGUGGACAACGGACAUUGGUGGUGUGUUGCUUUUGCACUGAAAGACCAGAAGAUAUGGUUCAUUGACAGCAUGUAUACUAAUCCUGCUUCCGAGCAUUCUGGGGAUGUUAAAAAAUUGAUAGCAGCUGUGGAGUACGUUCUACAUUGGAGGGACACGCAGUAUAAUGCAGCUCUUGUUUGGAAGUUGAAGCAAAUGCAUACUUGGCCCUUGGACUCCAUUAGCUUCCCUGACUACAACGACACUCAUGCGUGUGGAAUAGUAAUGCUUAUGGCUAUCCAGGAAAGUGCAAGGGCAUUUACAAAGACGAUGCAAGUGGGGGACAUCAAUGUAGCUCGGAAGGAACUGUUUUUGUCUCACUUGAAUUCAGAUUUCAACUCCUGUCGCCCGCUUCUUCCCCAAAUCGUUGCAACCCACUGCCCAGUUCGUUGAUGUUUGGUCGUGCUU